GGCAACACCUCAAACAAAACCCAACGCAACACUCUUCGCUGCGCCACACUUCUCCUCACCACUCCGCCCUCUCACAGUUUCGAUCGAUCAUCCACACAGAACCCCUUAAUGCAAUGCCACACUCGCAGGACCAAACCAACGAAUCCGACCUCCGCCGCCUGCAGGACUCCGUGCACAACCACCCAGACGAUCCCUCCCUCCGCUUCGAACUCGGAGUGUUGCUAUGGGAAGACGACAAGGAGAAAGCCGCCGAGCAGUUCAUCGUCGCGGCGAAGCUGAACCCGGAGAUUGAGAAGGGAGGGGCGUUUAGAUACUUGGGGCUUUACUACGCCGCUCUCGAAUCGCAGCCACAUGCGCAAAGAGCUCUCAAGUGCUUGCAGAAAGCCGUGUCGCUGAACUCCGAUGACUCUGUCGCCGGGGAAGCGCUGUGUGAUUUGUUGGACCGGCAGGGGAAGGAGACACUGGAGGUGGCAGUGUGCAGGGAGGCGUCAGAGAGCUCACCGCGGGCUUUUUGGGCUUUUCAGAGGCUUGGAUACUUGCAGCUUCAUCAGAAUAAAUGCUCCGAAGCUGUGCAGAGUCUUCAGCAUGCUAUUCGGGGGUAUCCUACCUCUCCGGUUCUGUGGGAGGCUCUUGGCCUUGCAUACCGGCGACUUGGCAGGUUCACCGCUGCUCUCAAGUCCUAUGGAAGAGCUAUUGAAUUGGAGGCUACAAGAAUCUUUGCCUUGAUUGAAAGCGGGAACAUCUAUUUGAUGCUUGGUUCCUUUAAAAAGGGAGUUGAAGCAUUUCAGCAAGCAUUGGAGUUCUCUCCUCAAAGUGUAUCCGCACACUAUGGGCUUUCUUUGGGGCUGCUUAGUUUGGCUAAGGAGUGUAUUAAUCUGGGAGCAUUUAGAUGGGGAGCUGCUGUCUUAGAGGAGGCAUCUAAAGUUGCAUGGAAGAGUACUCAUUUAGCUGGUAAUAUGUCAUCCAUUUGGAAGCUGCAUGGUGAUAUACUGCUCACUUAUGCAAAAUGUUAUCCCUGGAUGGAGGAGGACUGUGGUUUAGAAUUUGAUGUUGAGGCAUUCAAUAAUUCUAUCCUUUCCUGGAAGCAUACCUGCUAUGUGGCUGCAAAAACUGCCAGUUGCUCUUAUCAGCGAGCUUUGCACUUGGCCCCAUGGCAAGCUAAUGCAUACUCCGACAUUGCAGUAACUUCAAAUUACAUAAACACUUUAGAUAGCAGUUCUGGACAUAACUCAAGUUCUUGGCAGCCGUCAGAGAAGAUGGCUUUGGGGGCCUUGUUACUUGAGGGUGACAAUUCUGAGUUCUGGGUGGGACUAGGAUGUUUGUCUAAUCACAGUGCGUUGAAGCAACAUGCUUUUAUCAGGGGACUGCAAUUGAAUGUAUCACUAGCUGUUGCGUGGGCAUUCUUAGGGAAGUUGUACAGAAAACAAGGUGAGAAGCAAUUUGCCAGACAAGCAUUUGAUUGUGCUAGAAGUAUAGAUCCUUCUCUUGCUUUGCCAUGGGCAGGAAUGUCGGCUGAUUCUCAUUCCAGGGAGUCUUCCGCAGAUGAAGCUUUCGAGAGCUGCUUGCGAGCUGUCCAAAUAUUGCCUCUUGCUGAAUUCCAAAUUGGUCUUGCAAAGCUUGCUCUUGUUUCAGGGCAUCUUUCAUCUUCACAGGUGUUUGGAGCCAUCAAGCAGGCUAUCCAACGUGCACCUCACUAUCCUGAAUGCCACAAUUUAAAUGGCCUAGUCCUUGAGGCACAGUCCAAUUAUCAGUCUGCUGCUGUUUGCUAUAGACUAGCACAAUGUGCAUUAACCAAUUUAUCAGGCAGUGAUACGAAAACUUACAUAAAAGAUAUAUCAGUCAAUUUGGCCCGAGCACUCUCUAAGGCAGGGAAUGCUCAAGAUGCUCUGCGGGAAUGUGAACUUUUGAAGAAAGAAGGGUUACUUGAUGCGGAAGCCUCACAAAUAUAUGCCUUUUCCUUAUGGCAACUUGGUCAGACUGAUCGGGUUCUUACUGUAGCAAGAAAUCUUGCGGAGAGUAUCUCUACAGUGGAACAAGAAUCUGCAGCUGCCGCUGUUAUUCUUUUAUCUAGAUUUGUAUAUUAUAUUUCUGGACUGGAUUCAACAAUCAAUGACAUUCUCCAGAUGCCAAAGCAACGGUUUCAGAGUUCUAAGUUCAGUUUGCUAGUAUCUGCUAUACAUGCUUUGGAUCAAAGAAAUCGACUUAAACUGGUUGGUUCAAGCAUCCGUAACAAUCUGAAAACGCCUGAAGAGAUCACUGAAAUGUUCUUUUUAUUAGCGCUGGGUACACUAGUGAAGCAUGGAUCAGAACACCGUCUUGGGUAUCAAAAAGGAAUUGAUCAUGUUAGGAAGUCUCUUCACAUGUAUCCUAACAGUAGUUUGUUAAGGAAUCUUCUUGGUUAUCUUUUGCUGUCAAGUGAAGAAUGGAAUAAUACACACAUGGCAACUAGGUGUUGCAGCAUAGGCACUGACCCAAUUAAAGGCGGUUUAAAAAUGUCGUAUGAAAUUUUAGGUGCCGGAGCAGUUGCUUGUUAUUCUGCAGGCAAUAGCAAUCCUAAGUUCUCCUACCCAACAUGCUCAUAUCAGUGCCUGAAUCAACCUGGAACCAUACAAAUAUUGCAGAAAUGUUUACGCCAAGAACCAUGGAACCAGAAUGUAAGGUAUCUGCUUGUUCUAAAUCUGGUACAGAAGGCGCGUGAAGAGAGAUUUCCUCGUCAUUUAUGCAUUAUACUUAGGCGGUUGAUAAUUGUAGCUCUUUCCGAUGAACUGUAUCACAAGCCAGGCAUAGCUUUUAGAUAUAUGAAAUUCCAGCUUCUUCUCUGCGCAUCGGAGAUCUGUUUACAUGAUGGUUAUUUAAUCGACUGCAUCAACCAUGCCAAAGAUGCUUCAAUGAUUAUGCUUCCUGAUGCCUAUCUUUUCUUUGCACACUUGCUAUUAUGCCGUGCCUAUGCUUCAGAUAAUGAUGCAGUAAACGUUAAUAGAGAGUAUAGAAGAUGCUUGGAGCUCAGGACAGAUUAUAAUAUUGGUUGGUUAUGUCUGAAAUUCAUCGAAUCUCGUUAUGAAUUGAAAUCUGGUUUGGAUUCUUUGGAGUUGAGCUUCAAAGAGUGCUCAGAGUGGAUAAAUUCAUCGAAUAUGUGGAUGGCUUUAUACAAUCUGGUUCAAGGUUUGAUGUCUAUAUCGAGCCAGGAUGUCUCUUCCGCUGAAGUGUUUCUUUCACAAGCUUGUUCUUUAGCUGGUCCCGAGAGCACUCUCCUGCUUUGUCAUGGUGCCACCUGUAUGGAGCUUUCACGCCUGGGCUAUGAUUCACAAUUCUCAUCACUUGCUGUAAGGAGUCUCACUAAAGCUCAAGAAGCUUCCCUCAUUCCCUUACCGAUUGUCUCAGCAUUGCUAGCUCAAGCACAAGGAAGCCUUGGCUCAAAAGAGAAGUGGAAGAAGAACCUUCGUCUUGAAUGGCCUACUUGGCCGCCAGAAUUGAGGCCUGCAGAACUGUUCUUCCAGAUGCACUUGCUGGCAAAACAGUCGAAAGCUAGUGCAGACUCCACCAGUAUUGAGUUCUGUCAGAGUCCACGGGGAUGGGUACUUCGAGCAAUCCAUACAAAUCCUUCUUGUAUGAGAUAUUGGAAAGUUUUGCAGAAGCUUGGGGAAUGAGUUGCUAAUCUUGAAGGGGCAUGCUUUUUAUGUCAUGAAGUAUAUAAAGUAUGCUUCCUUCUUCAGUGUUUUCAAAGCUAAUUUAAUUGUCCUUGUGUACAAUAUAGAGAUCUGCCUACAUCUUACAUGUUCCCUAGGUUUUCCACCUUUGUAAAAUAUGCCAUCAAUGCUGACCCCUGUUGUAUUAGUCACAAUGUUAGGUCAAGUCAUUACAGGAAUAACAGUUCUUUUGUACAUCAGAUUAGAUAUGGGAAUUAUAUUAUCUGCACACUGGAUCAAGUUAUUGGGCUUCAAUGAUGUUUUGCGGUAUUAGACAGCAUGUCUGUGCCAGUACAAAUAUGGGACUAUAGGUUCAU